UGCUGGGUACACUUAGUAUGAGCAGACUGGGCUGACAACAAGCAGCAAGAAAAGUUACAAAAAUUACUACUUUCCUCCCCAGGUUUAUGCUUGUGCCUAUAGGAGGUGACUGUGCACACAGUACAGCGCAGGGAAGCACUUUAUCUGGAACUUGGAGAAACUUGAGAGAAGAGAAGAUUUGAAGAACAAGUUUCUGGAGCCUCCGGCAGCCUGGGAAAAUCUCUUCCACAGUUCAUCAGAGAAGAAUGCAUUUCUCCCAUCUGAGGGUGCAGGCUGGAGUUUCAUAAGGACCGCCCAUCACUUUCGGAUAACUUCGUCUCCCGGCCGCCAUCUCCUCCAUUUAUGUUACAAUAAGGAUAAAAUAUCAACCAUCUGUAACUGAAUUUUGGAAACCGUGCCUCCAGAGCUAUGGGGGAAACAGCCCCCCCUCAAGCCCCGGCGGGGAGUCUCGCAAUUGGAGUAUCUAAUGUGGGUCUGCUCGGGGGCGGAACCGUGGCUCCCCGGUUGCAUAGCGCCAUCGUUGAGCGACUGCGGGCUCGAAUAGCGGUUUGCCGCCAACAUCACCUGAACUGCGAGGGUCGCUAUGAUCGCAGCAGGGCGGAAAGUUCUGAUCGGGAGCGGGAGAACACCCUGCAGCUGCUGACCCUUGUCCAGCAUGGCCAGGGCUCUAGAAAGACCACCAAGCAUAGCAAGAGCUCAUGCGCUGCCCCCCCGGACUACCGCCACCAUCAGCCGCAGCAGCCGCAACUGCUUGCUGACGAGGGCGGCGACGUUAACGGAGGCCAGCAAGCCUCGAAUGGACUGGGACAAAGAAACUCGGCUCUCAUCGCACUUCAAGGAUCUUUGAAGAGAAGAUUGGUGGUGAAUGUAUCCGCAGCAAACAAUAAGAGACCGAACGGUGUGUCAGAUGACGCAUUCCUCGAUUUCAAGAAAAUUAAAAGCAAUGAGUGCAUUUCGAUGGGGCCAAACAUGUAUCAUGCAGUUGACAGAGCAGGCCAGUCAGUCAAUGGAGCAAUGCCAAUGGAUCAGGCGAUGCAUAGGAAGAAUGGCAACAUAGCAAGUAAUGACCUGUUUAAUACAACCCUAAAGGACAUCAAAAAGGAACCUGGAGAAAACAUAUCGUGCAGCAAACAUAUUGAUUCCCGUCUUUCUCAUGAAAACAUGUUUAGAUUUGGAGAUGACAACGAGGAACAACUAAUGGACCCAGAACUCCAAGAGCUAUUUAAUGAGUUUACCUAUAUUUCAGUGCCACCAAUGAGCGACCUUGAAUUGCAAAAUAUGAUCAAUAUAACAAUUAAACAAGAUGAACCUUUUAACAUAGAUAUCGGUCAACAAAACCAAAGGAUCAACUCAUCUAUACCUAUGGACAAGGUUGUCAUUAAAAGUGAAUAUUCACAAUGUUUAAAUCCUAAUAGAGUCAGUUCACCACAGAUGAGACCUUCCUCUACAGGGCCAACUUUUUCCAUGUCUAGUUCACCGUUGGCUUCUUCACCAAGCACUGCGGUGGCCCAGAACCAAGGCCAAUCCCAGGUGUCUUCUUGUGUAAACCGUAUGAAUAAUUGGCAAGAACUUUCUCACGCUCAACAGUUAAAACAGAUGGCAGUCAAUAGACAACAUAACUUAAUUCAGCAACACCAGCCUAACACAUCUUCUAAUUGGUCAAAUGUUCCACCUACGGGACAGUCAACAAGACAGUAUGGACUGGAGAAGGUUCCAAGUCCCUUUCGACAACAGCAGCUAAGUCCUCAUGGUACUUCGGUGAGUACUCCUCCUGGAAGUGGAAGCCAACAAAAGGCAAUAGGUAACUACCUCUACAAAAGUAGUUCGCCAAAUAACCCUGCUGAGAUGAUGAAGCCCCAGGAUACCAAUAAGAACUCCAUGACUUCCAGUCAUUUACCUGCAGAUCAUCAUCUUGGCAUAUCUAAGCCUCUAUUUCAUUAUAGCCCUGACCAAUCAAACCAACAAGUGUCUUCUGUCUUGGGUACACAACCCAAACCUGGUAUGCAGUUCACACAGCAACCGCAAAGUUCUGCUUCAGCUCAACAUGAUUCCUCACAACAGGGUAAUACAGUGUCCAACCAGUCGCUUCCAAGGUCAUCAAAUUUCCAGCAGAAGAUGAUGCCAAAAAUAUCAACUCAGUCAAUGACAGGACUUCAGUACCCACCUGUACAUCAGCAACAGGACCAGCAGUGUAACACUACCAGCCUCGGGACCAGCUCAAGCGCUGCUUCUUGUUCAAGUCCAAAUGGUUACAACACUCAGCAAGCAUUAUUAAACCAGCAAAUGAUGGAGAAGACAAGCAUUAUGCAGAGACAGAUGCAGCAACAGAUGUUAUCCGGAACGGAGAAGUGUAACAAAGGGGAUCAAUUAAGCAGGCAUCUGACCAGACCUCCACCUGACUAUAAAGAUCAGAGAAGAAGCACAGUCGGCGUUCAGCAGGCCACUCAGUUUACCGGUGGCUUGCCAACAGUAGGUGUUAACCCAGACCCUACUCUCCCAAAUUCUCCUUCAACAAAUUUGACACCCCAGAAUCAAACUCAUUCUACAACAAACCACGGAUCUCGAAUGCCACCUCUUCAGGGAAGUCCAAACAUGUAUGGGAAUGUACCAUGUCCUCAGCAACCUAUGUAUAACGGUAUAAACCAAACCAGUCCAAACCAGAUGGGAACAAUCCAGAAUGGUACCGGGGUGCCACGCCAACCAACAGUUACAUCUGGGACUAAUAUGUCACCCUUCGGUACCCAAUCUGGAAAUAAUGGUCCACCAUUUAGACCCAAUGGACCAACCUCAGCGGGACAAAGACCUCAAAAUGUCAUCAAUAAUUCACCUCCCACCCAGAAGUGGAUGAGCCCAGAAGUAAAACGGCAAGAUAUGGUAGGCUAUACCAAUACCAACCAGUAUUCUAACCAUACAGUUCAAGGUAUGAUAGGUCAUCAGCAGUUCCCUCAACGUGCUCUUUCGAUGCCCAACCAAGUCAACCCUGGGGUCCAAAUGACUCCUUUAAAUACAAUGGCACCAUCGAACAGCGGGCAAACUAUCGAAACACUACGGGGCUUUAAUCAUGGGCAAUCUCCAUUGAGAUCUCAGAUGUUGCCAAGCAUGAGCCAAGGUGGUGGAGGGUUGAACAUGCCAGCCAAUACAUUUAAUUCCAGCAAUCAAAUUUCUCGAGCGUUUCCACGAAGUGACUCUACCAGUGACUUGGGUUCCUAUGAUUUUCUUUCUCAAAAUGGUGGACUGGGUUCAUCUCCCAAUGGUGACUCUGACUUUAUUGAUGCAUUACUAAAAACUGGCCACAUCAAUGAUGACUGGAUGAAAGAUAUUAACCUGGAUGAGAUUCUUAAAGGUCACUCCUGAAAUCCUUUUCAGAUUGUUGUAAACAUUUUAAAAAUAUUGUACAUGUUGCAUGGUAUUCCCGAAAAAAAAAAAGUAUAGUCACUAGAUUUUAAAAGGUAAGUUUCACUUUUGGUGGCAUUUGCUAAGGCAGGGGUGGGAUUAAACUCCAUCAGGGAGGGAUGAUGUCCCACCCCAAAGCAACCAUAAGCCCGAUGGGAAGCGAGACUUAUUCUCACUUCAACUAUGGAGAGCGCAGUCCAGUCUCUGGGGGCCUAUUUUAAAGGGGUUGUGCAAUGGGUUUAUAUUGAUGACCUAUUCUCGGGCUAGAUCAUUAAUAUCAGAUCGGUGGGGUUCUGACACUCUGUAGUGGCAGCACUCUAGGCCGUCUCUACAAAGCGAGACAAUGCGCAGGUAAUUUUGAAGAGGAGGCAGCUCUUGCUCAAGCGCCACCUCCUCUUCAAACAGCUGAUCGGCCGGGUUCCGGGUGUCGGACCAUCAUGGAUCUGAUAUUGAUGACCUAUCCUGAAGAUAGAUCAUCCAUAUAAACCCACUGGACAAUCCCUUUAAGUUUUGGGCCUGGAGGACAAGAUGAUACUGCAUUUUGUACAUAGCAGUCUUUUUCUAAUACUCCCCUGUAUAUAGUUUUGAAGUUCAUCAUUAAAAAUAAUACAUUUUCUAGUAAUAUGUAAAAUUUCUGUAUAUUUUCUUGUUACGUUAUACUGCAGCAUGUCUGCCUCUGCUUGUUGUAUUACUGGCCAAUAAUCUGUAAUACAUUAUGGCCAAUACGUUACCUUCACCAAUCAGCUGUUUUGGGCAGCCACUGGAAAUUAUACAGUGGAUAGAAGGCUCUGUUUACUGUGAAGUUUCCUGCACCAGUGUAUUCACUUCAAUGGGAGCUGAGCGGCAGUACCCCGGCCACGGCCACUAUAGAAUGGAUGGAACCUUGUGCUUCUAAUUUCAAGCUAGUUAUCUAAGUCCCCUUUAAGUAAAUUUGUAUGGUCUGUAUAAGGUUGAUUUUCAAUCCAAAUACACUUUGGGGGGAAAAAAAAACAUAUUUGGGAAGAGUGCCGUUUCGAGGGUUUUGGCCCAUCUUAGACAUUUAUGGCAUUCGCUAGGAUAUGCCAUCAAUGUUAGUUAGGAGCGGGUCCCAUGUGGAAUCCGCACUUGUCUCCAGAAUGUGGCCCCUGAAAUAAACAAAGAUGAGCCACGCAUAGCGAUGAAUGGAGCAGUGGAUGCACUUGCACUGUCCCCUCUCUAUUCACCACUAUGGGACUUCUGAA